UAUUAGUGAGGAGGAGGAGAGACGAAGGAGAAGAAGGAGCAACAGCAUUGGCACAAAUAGGCCUUUUACUAUUAUUCUUAUAAUCCCUGUUAAUAUCCUCGUUGCCUAGCCCUCCUCCCAGCCUCCUCCCAGGCGGGUCUUUCGCGUUUAAAAGCGCCAUUCCCCCCUCUCUUUCCCGCCUAAUCCCGGGGUCAACAUGAAGCUCUGCUGGCUGCUGCUUCUCCUGCUCUCCGUCUCCGGCGGCGGCGCUUCGGCCCAGCUCUUCGGGCGCCCGCUCUGCCCCGACCGCUGCGACCGCUCCCGGUGCCCUGCUCUGCCGCCCGAGUGCCAAGGCAGCCCGGCGCUGGACUCCUGCGGCUGCUGCCCUGCCUGCCCGGCCCAGGAGGGAGAGGCCUGCGGGGCGGCCCCGGCCGGGGAGCCUUCCUGCGCCGAGGGCCUGCUCUGCGUCGUCCUCCCCGGGGAACCCAGCGCCUCCUCCACCGUCAGGAAGAGGGCCAAGGCCGGGAGGUGCCUCUGCCCCUCCGCAGAGCCCGUCUGCGGCAACGACGGAAGGACCUACGGCAGCCUCUGCCAGCUCCGGGCCGCCAGCCGCAGGGCGCCCGCCGCCGAGCCCGCCCUCAUCGCCAUCCAGAGGGGGCCCUGCAGCCACGGCCAGGAAGAUCCCAAUAGCUUGCGACACAAAUACAACUUUAUUGCAGAUGUGGUGGAGAAGAUCGCUCCGGCUGUUGUUCAUAUUGAAUUGUUUCGCAAGUACACAAAAGAUCCAAAUUUUAUAUUUCCCUGGCUGCCUUUUUCAAAGAGGGAAGUUCCUGUUGCCAGUGGCUCAGGGUUCAUUGUUUCAGAAGAUGGAUUGAUAGUUACUAAUGCACAUGUGGUUACCAAUAAGAACAAAGUAAAAGUGGAACUGAAGAAUGGUGUUACAUAUGAAGCUAAAAUUAAAGAUAUUGAUGAGAAAGCAGAUAUUGCACUAAUAAAAAUAGACGCCCAGGAGAAACUACCAGUCCUAUUGCUUGGGCGUUCAGCAGACUUACGCCCAGGUGAAUUUGUGGUGGCUAUUGGAAGUCCAUUUUCUUUGCAGAAUACAGUGACUACUGGAAUUGUUAGUACGACUCAACGGGGAGGCAAAGAACUGGGACUCAGAAAUUCUGAUAUGGACUACAUCCAAACAGAUGCAAUUAUUAAUUAUGGAAACUCUGGAGGACCUCUAGUAAAUCUGGAUGGCGAAGUAAUUGGCAUUAAUACUCUGAAAGUCACUGCUGGGAUCUCCUUUGCAAUACCAUCAGACAAAAUUAAAAAAUUCCUCACUGAGUCACACGACCGACAAUCUAAAGGAAAAGCUGUAACAAAGAAGAAAUAUAUUGGCAUACGAAUGAUGUCUCUCACCCCCAGUAAAGCAAAAGAACUGAAGGACCGCCAUAAAGACUUCCCUGACGUUAUUUCUGGAGCCUAUAUCAUUGAAGUAAUUCCAGACACACCAGCUGAGGCUGGAGGCCUGAAAGAAAAUGAUGUGAUUAUAAGCAUCAACGGACAAACAAUACUUUCAGCCAGUGAUGUCAGUGACAUUAUAAAAAAGGACAAUACACUCAGCAUGGUAGUACGUAGAGGCAAUGAAGACAUUAUUCUAACAGUGAUACCUGAUGAAAUUGAUGCUUAAGUAGAAACAUGAGCUGGAUUUCAUGUUCUCUGUUAAGAGCAAGCAGUGGACUAUGUGUAUUAUCUCUCUGCUGGUACAGGAAACAGUAGACUUUUGACCAACAAUCCACAUGUUCAGUGGAACUGUUUUGGUCAAUAAAGUAAUUUUCAUAUAGGUUGGAGGCAAAAAAAUCUAUGCAAUGUUCAAGAUGAUACUUCUGCUUUUACUAAUGUAUGCUGUAUAUUAUCUCUUGGCUCCAUCUGUCAACAUCUGAUGCCUCUGUGCUGCAUUUUAUUUUAUUCCUACUAUGAACUUCCUUAAAGUAGAAUGACUGCUAAACCAUGCAAUGCAAUGUUCAGUCUUUCUAUAGCUUAAUUCUUCCUUAAAAUACAAUUGUUACAAGAAAGAUAGCUAAUGUGUGCAAAGAAAUGCUGACUUGUGUACAUGCACAAUCCCAAAGACUUUUCCUUACUGACUUCAUGCUCAUUUUUUUUAAAAAAAAUGCUGUAUUUUCCUAGUCGAAUUAAAAUAAUUCUAACGGUG